GUUAUGGUUGCAAAUGUUUGUAUACGUGAUAUGCCUAUUAAUUUUGUUGUUUUUCCAAAUUACAAGUGAAUCUGACAAAAAUGCAAACUUUAAUGAUAAAAAGGGAUAUUUUCAUGAAAGAGAAAUAAAUCAAGAUAAUAAUCAUUAUCUAGAAUCUUCAACAGAAACUAUAUCAAGAGAGGAAGAUCCUGAGUUUCCUUUAUAUCUUGACAGUCAAGUCCUUCUGGAUAACCAAGACGCUGAAAUAAGUCCCCAGAUCAGGGGUAUAAAGCGGUAUGUUAAAACAGAAAAAAAUUUAAACUGUAUUAGAUAUCAUAACCCAACUGAAAAUAAAAAUAAACAACAAAGUAGUGUUGGCAAUAAACCAAUAGGCAGCACCGCUUAUUGUAAAAUGCGGAGGAAAAGGAAUCUAAUUGGGAAGAAUAAGUUUAAAAACCAUACCAAAAAAAGACCACUCAGAUCGUCAAGAGAAAACGAAGAUGAGGAAGAAGGUUGGAAAACUCAAAAACAAUUUGAUCUGUGCGCAUACAGACCGAAUGAUGAAUGUUUCCAAAGUGAACAAAAAAGAACAAAAACUCUGCUUUCAACACCUGAACCGACGGUGUUAGCAGAUGACUACUUUCAAGACGAAAUGCAAACACUGUCGCAAAAUCAUCAAGUCACUAAUAAUACUCUAAAACAAAGUUAUUCCAUAUCAGCUAGCAUUACUAAUAUGACUAGGGCAUCAAAAGAUACAACAAAACCACAAAUUGCUCCAACCAAUCCCAAGAAUAAAAAUAAUAUCACAGUAAAUUUUAGUGUGACACAGGUUUCCUUUGGCAAUACUACAGCAAGUACCCCAACAAAAAAGGGUACAACAGAGGACAUGUGUAAACAGGUUUUGUACACUUUUGUUAGAGAACACCAGACGACAAAUACUCCUGAGACAAAGUUAAGUGCUUUUUUCAAAAAACUAACAAACAACUCAAUAAUUCAAAACAAAAGUAGUACCAAAUCAAGCAUUAUUACUUUACAUCACAAAGAGCCAUGCAAAGAAGUAGAAGUAACUGUAAAACCGAUAGUUGAACGAGUGUUAAGUAUUAUUCCAAAACCCACGGACAAAAUACCAUCAGAGCAUUAUAACCAAAGUGUCAACCUCAGACAUAAAAAAGUGUACCCGAUUAAUCAUAAAGGCAAUCAUUACUAUCAUGGAAAACACCCUUUGAGGGUUAGUAAAACUACAGGAAAAUGUAUAACUACUCCUGGAGAACCUAGCAUAGGACAAAGUAUGCCUAAGCACCUAGGAAAUAAUGAGAAACUUGUGCCGGAAACAAUACUAACCUCUGAAAAAUAUAAAUCCAACACAAACUCUGAACAUACCAUAGUCACAACAUCCCCAGGGAAAUUUACACUAACUAUGAAAGAAAAUAAAUCAUUUAUCACCAAAAGGAGAGUUGGACAAGCCCAUGGAAAUAAAGAAUCGUCGGUAGAAAUGUUAAACGGGUCAACUUUUUUCCCAAUUGACAAUAAGUGUGCAGUUUUCAAUGUUACAAAUGAUAUAAAAGAGAUUCUACCACAGAAAUUUCAUAAAGAAUACCUCAGCAGGACACCAAUAGAACCGAUGAAAGUAUUUCACGGUGUAUCAAAAAUAAAAAAGAAACCUAAAAAUAGAGAAAAAUUUUAUUUAUGUUCAUCAAAUAAAACUAUUUUUAACAAUUGA